AUGGAGGAGAUCAUCCAUGCUAUGGGGCACAAGGAAGAAUACAAGGUGAGCUAUGCCACAUAUAUGCUAUGUGGGGAGGCAGAGGACUGGUGGAGAUUGCUUGAUGUAUUGUUUGACUCAGCUGCUAUGCACUCUUUUGUAUAUGUGAACUAUGUGAAGAGUCUUGGUCUGUAUGUAACAGAAUUGCCAUGCAAUAUUGUGGUGACUACCCCUACGGGUAAGCCAGUUGUGACAUUAGAAAAGACUUUGAUUUUUGGUGCGUCAAUGACGAAAAUUCUGAGACUUUUGAGUCAUGGUGCGUGGGAGAACACGGUAAACGUUAAGGCCUUUAUGGUCAUGUUUUCAAUAGAAGCUGAAAGUGUGGUGGAGUCAGAGUAUAUCUCGGUGGUGAGAGACUUCUUGGACAUCCUUCCUGAAGAUGUUUAUGAAUUGUCACCUGAGAGGGAGAUCGAGUUCGUUAUUGACCUUAUUUCGGGAGCAAGCCCAAUUUUUGUGGCACCAUAUAGGAUGUCACUAAUGGAGUUGGCAGAGGUCAAGAAGCAAGUGGAGGACUUGUUGCAGAAACGAUUUGUACAAUCAAGUGUAUCAUCAUAG